UUAUCCGACUAUAAAUAAGGCUGGGCGUGUAUUUGCAACAAACUCGCUGUGCACUCGGAUCACAAUUAUGAAUUUUUCCCGAUUAGCGUGUUUUAUCAUCUUGAUCGGUUCUGCAAAAUGCCAGCAGGAUUGUCGGCACGAUGAGCCGCAGCUUGAGAUCGCAAAGACGGAUGUUGAGGUGCGAAACGGAACCAUUUUUUAUGAAAAUCACGCGUUUAAACCUGGAGAUUACGAGGCUGUCGGUGAUUAUUACUACAUUUGUCCCUGCAAUGUCAAGUAUUGCGUCAGAACCUGCACCAAUUUAGAAAAUUAUUUUCCACCAAACAAGAGUUUCAAACUUGACGUCGUGACCAAAGAUGGGCAUAAGAAAAACGUCGAUUUCUACAGCCACUUCUACCCGAUCGACGAAAUUCGCGAUAGUCACGAUUGCUUCUGGGAUGUGAUCACAGAUGCUUACGAUGUACUUGAGAACGGAAGCGUGGCAUUUUUGUUUGGUGAAGAAGUGAACGUGCUGUACAAGUCCUCAGAUUUCUGCUUUGCCGAAGACAGUGAAGGGGAGAGCAAGAAGUUGGCUUGCUUUAUAGAAGACCCGGAUUUUGUUAAUAUCAAACUUUCCCACUCGUACCUGCCUCUUUAUGUGGUUUCUGCCAUUUUCCUGCUGAUCACCGCGCUUGCGAUUGUGGCGUCAAAAAAGGAAGGAAAAUCAAAUUUGAGCAAACUCGCCGUUUGCUUUGCUUUAACCAUGAUGGUUUCCUAUUCGCUUUUCACCAUUUUUUAUUAUCUGAAACCUCCAAACCUCAUCCUCAACGACUGGAUUUGCAGUAUUUUUGCAUACACAAUAUACGUUUCAAGGCUCAGUCCAUAUUUUUGGCUCUACUCAAUGUGUUUUGAGAACUUCCAGCUUAAUUCAAAGCAAGCUCGGCGUGAACCUCAAAUCUCCAGAUCUUUCGCCUUUUCAGCACUUUGCUCCAUUAUGAUACCUGCUUUAAUCUUCGUUAUUUAUCGAGUAGCGAAUCGCAUUUGGCAUCAUUCGAGAGGUGAAUUCGACUAUUCAAUUAGCGAAGAGACUUGCAACUUUCAAGAUUACGACAUUGAAAUGAUCGUCUAUAACGGUCCUGCUGCCAUUGUUUCAAUUAUUAAUUUGAUCCUACUGGUUUCAACUUUAAAAUUGGGGCAGGCUCAGGACCGCCGCAGUUGGUUUUUUAUUUCUGUGCUGCUAUUUAUCAUCACGGUGUUUCCAAUAAUACUGGAUUGCGGCGUAUUUUGGCUGAUGGAUGUUAAAAACGACGAAUCAUUCGUUUGGACCAUUUUAUAUAUUUUAAAUUCAAUUAGUGGGAUUUUCGUUUUUCUAGUUUUUGCCAUUUUCAACGGAAAUUUCAGGAAAAGCUUAUUUUGUAGCAAAAACGUUGAUGAACAUUACAACGAAGUAGAACUUCGUUAGGUAAAUAUAAAAUGGAUUUUCCAACUAAAUAUAAUUAAUUCAUAUUUUAACUUUUUAAUUAUAUUUCUUUUUCAUUUAAUCACAAUCACUUAAUUGUACACACAUUUUAAAAGAGGAAAUACUUUGUAUAAUGUCUUGGGCCAUUAAUGAGAAUCAAAAAAUUA